AAAGAAAAAGAAAAAAAAGAAGAGAAGAGAGAAACGACAGAAAGACAAGCGGGAGGGAAGUUUUUGACGAACAAUGUUUCGCCCCGUGGGAGUGUGAGGUGCUGUGGAUCCGCUGAAAAUGCAGUGUUUCACGUGCGAACAGAAUACUCGUCCACGUGUGCCACGAAAACAACGAUUCUGCUCGUCGCGGCUCGCUUAGACUCGUCUUUCGAACGUUCCACGGUACGAACGUUCGCUCGCCGAGACCGACGAGAAGGUGAGAGCAACACGAACAAGCUAUUCCGCGUUCUUCAGUUACAAAGCACCAUGGGAAGCAGAGCUAUGGGGGCGGCGUCAGGAGCAGCAGGAUUGUCUGGCGAAGCAGGUUUAGCCGGCGUACCUAGACUUCUGGAGGAUCUGGCUCGACUUUCAGAAGACAAAGAUACAGCCGACAUUGUAUUUCUGCUAGGAAGGGACGAAACGCCAGUGUACGCUCACAGAAUUAUCCUUCAAGCAAGGUCGGUGUUUGAAUCGUUGUGUGUGCGGUCAUUUCCGACCAGUCGGAAUAUCCAUCUUGCUGAUGCACAUAUAUUCGAUAUAUAUUCCAUCGAUAAGGGGGAACAUUUUAAACCCGAGAAACUCACAAUGAGACAAUUUAUAUUAUUUUUCCUUACUCCUGAUAUCUUUCAACGUCUCGAGGGACGCGAGCGAGCUCGACGACUCGCGUCUGGUCGAUCGAUUCGUAGCCGAUACAGAUUUCCUUGGAGACCUGAUAUCCUGAUAAACAGGUGCGAGGGAAAUCGCACCGGUGACAAACACGCUUACCCCAUACAAAGCGCGGAAAAUAUUCGCAGCCUCGAGUAUGCACCGAGCGAAAAAGGAAAGUUGGAGACAACCGAGACAAUGGGUCUCGUCGUUUUCCCAGAAAAUAGAGAAUUAACGUGGAACGUGGUGCAUUACGCUCCGUCUUAUCCCCGGUUACUUUUUGCAAUGGAAAUGGAGAGACGUACAAACACUGCCAGAAGUAGUAGCGAAGAUGACGAAAGGCGAAGUGGUGGGUGUUCGUUAGAAGGAUCAUGCACUCGCAGCACAUUUCAAAGAAGAGCACGAUUCAAAGCAGUGCUCUUCUUUCAUUAUCUUCUCUUCCCUGUAAUUAUCGUAUGCCAUGGUAAUUAUCGUUCGAAAUCAAUACUACGCCACACUGUUUCCGAUUUCCCCAGAUGCAAAAACUUCACAGCUGCGAAGAGAAUCGGUACGCCUGGAAAUCCAACAUCUGUGCGUAUGCCACACGCCCAUCCGGAGACAUUCCGACAAUUCAUCCACUAUAUAUACACUGGCAAGAUCAUGCUACAAGACAGUGGCAUCUUCGAAAUGUUGGGACUUGCUCAAGAACUGGGAGUCGAAGAACUUUGGAGAAGUUGCGAGGAACAUGUCUCCGCUACUCUCAGCCCAGGAAACGCGUGUGCUCUUUUGACUGCGGCUCUGGAUGCCCAGGAGCGAGUACCCGGUGGUAAAGGAGCUUGCUCUUCCUUUAUUGAAAGAUGUUUCGCUUUCAUUGGAGAGAAUGCUGUAGAUACAGUCAAAACAACAGCAUUUUGCAAUCUUCCAAAGGACGCUCUAGUGAAAUUAAUAUCUUCAGACUACCUAGGAUUGGAGGAAGAAGAUGUUUGGAGAGCAGUACUGAACUGGGCUAAAUAUCAGGCAGGGGUGACGCAGCCUACUCAACACUGGACAGAGGAGGAACGUGUGCGGGUUUGCCAACAUUUAUCAGGGGUGAUAAACCACGUUCGCCUGCUUCUAAUCGACAGCCAGGUCUUUGCGGAGGAGGUAGAACCAACAGGAGCAGUGCCCAUAGAACUUUCCUUGGAGAGGUACGAAUUUUUCAAUCCCGAUCGAUCAAGUGGCACAAAACCCAUAAGGUAUGCAGCCCUACCAAAUAAGUAUGCAGAAAUCUGUGCAGAUAAGCGGCUACAGCCAAGAGUAAGUCCAUUCUUGUUUCCUGGGUCACAAAUCCUAUCGCGAGAUAAAAUGGGUUUCCAACGUCUUCUCAAUCAAUGGUAUGGAUCACCAAAGCAAAGUUGGCGUUUAGUAUAUCGGGAACUCGAGGAGAAAUCUGUGGUGGAUUUAGCGACGCACCGUGGGGUAAAACAAAUGCUAAAGGACAUUAUAUCUUCUCGGAGAAAGCUUUUUUAUUUACCCUGACUAACAACCAAGAUGUACCUCCAACAAAAUACGAUAUUGUAAAGAAGCCCUUUGCAAUUUGUUAUCAUCCAGACAUUGGACCAAUUUUCGGAGCAGGAGCUGAUUUGUUAAUUUCUAGUAACUGUAACGUGAACAAGGAAAGCUACAGUAAUCUUCCCCAUAGCUACGAUGGGGAACACGCUUCUAACACUGUACUCAUGGGAGAUUAUCAUUUUUUUGUAGUAGAUUACGAAGUCUUCACUCCCAGCCACCCAGUUUCCAAAUCUACUCAUUAAUAAUAUAAGUAUUUUUCAUUCCAUGAGCUGAAUGAGCUUGUACAUAUUCUUUUUAAGCAUAGUAAAUUUCACGUAACAUCGCGAGUAUAAUAUAAAUUAGAAAUUCAUUAGAUAUUAAAAAAAUGAAAGCAUAAAAGUUAA